AUGUCAGCAAACACAGAGUCCCAGACCUGCAGCUUAUCCAGCAGGAAAAGAUGUCCACAAGCCUGUGGACUAGAGAGUGUAGCACCUUUGGUGGAUUCAGGGGAGGAAACUCCUGACCCAAUCCCUACUACCAUCAAGGGAAUUAUUCCAGCCUGGAUCAAUGGGAGCUUUUUGAGAAAUGGUCCGGGGAAAUUUGAGUUUGGAGAUGACAGAUACAAUCACUGGUUUGAUGGGAUGGCCUUGAUGCAACGGUUUCACAUCUCUGAGGGCAGUGUAACUUACAGCAGCCGAUUCCUACAGAGUGAUUCGUAUGUCCUCAACUCAGAGAAGAACCGCAUUGUGGUGUCAGAGUUUGGGACGGUAGCAAUGCCUGAUCCCUGCAAAAACUUCUUUGCACGCUUCUUUUCCCGCUUUCAGAUUCCACAGCCCACAGAUAACGCUAAUGUGAACUUUGUCAAGUACAAGGGAGACUAUUAUGUCAGCACAGAAACCAACUUUAUGAGAAGAGUGGAUCCGCAAACCUUGGAGACAAAGGAGAAGGUGGACUGGAGUCAGUAUAUUGCUGUUAACUCAGCUACAGCACACCCACACUAUGACCAGCAGGGAGCUACAUACAACAUGGGCAACUCCUACAGCAGGGAUGGUUUUUUCUACACCAUCAUCCGAGUCCCUCCCUUAGAGAAAACAUCUGAGGAAGACUCAGCAGACCUCACUGGAGCUGAAGUGAUCUGCUCUAUCCCUGCAGCUGAAUCUACAAAACCUUCUUAUUAUCACAGUUUUGUCAUGUCAGAGAACUACAUUGUGUUCGUGGAGCAGCCUAUAAAGCUGAAUGUGCUGAAGUUCAUGCUGUUCAAGAUUAUGGGACAGAGUUUUCAAAAAAUACUGAGCUGGGAGCCAGAGUAUGACACCAUAUUCCACCUGGUUGACAGACACACUGGCAAGAGGAGUGAAGUGAAGUACCGAGCAGCACCGAUGUUCACACUGCAUCAGAUCAACGCCUUUGAAGACAACGGCUACCUGGUGAUGGACAUGUGCUGCGGGGACGAUGGUGUGGUCAUUGGGGACUUCACUCUAGAAAACCUGCGGCGGAAAUCGGGGGAGGACAUGGAUAAGUUUUACAAUUCCUUGUGCAGAAACCUCCCAAGGAGAUAUGUCCUGCCUCUAAAUGUGGAUGAACAAACUCCUUUGGAUCAAAACCUUGUCAUGCUGCCAAACUGUAAAGCCACAGCAAAGAAGACAGACUCCAAGGAGGUUUACGUGACCCAUGAGGAGCUUCACAGUGAUGAGCUGCUGCAGUAUGGUGGCCUUGAGUUCCCUCAGAUCAAUUAUGACAAGUACAAUGGCAGACCUUACCGUUACUUCUAUGCAUGUGGCUUUGGGCAUGUCUUUGCUGAUUCAUUGCUCAAGAUGGACGUCCAUACCAAAGAGCUUAAGGUGUGGCGCUAUCCAGGCUUGUACCCGUCUGAGCCUGUCUUCGUUGCCUCACCCAAUGCUACUGAGGAAGAUGAUGGAGUGGUCCUGUCAGUCAUUAUCACUCCUAGAAAGGAGAAAAGUACUUUCUUACUUGUUCUGGAUGCCAGGACCUUCGCUGAGCUGGGCAGAGCUGAAGUCCCUGUCAAUAUCCCGUAUGGGACCCAUGGAGUGUUUAACAAGAUGGGCUAGAUGUGCCACUUUUUGGAGCUCUGCAGCAAAUUGCUGAAAGUAAACCAGCAAGCCAGCUACUUUAUCCACAGGAUGGAAUAUUUCUCUUGAUAUCACUGCCUGUAAACACGCCUGUGAUAAAAAAAAAAAUAGGAGUACUUAUAGGCACCAAGGAGAAGAAGCAAGAGCAGGGACAAAACUGCAGACUCAUAGUAUUUGUUUGUUUUUCUUUGAAAGAGAUUGAUGCACUUCCAAACUGGAUCCCAGUGUAUCAGUUAGAUAGAUGAAUUCUUUAAGACACAUUCAAGGCAGUUAUUUGUUGAUUCCUUUGGCAAGUAUUUGUAACACCAAUUUCAAAACAAAAGGACUGAGGAUCUUGUAGUU